CAUCAUGCCGAGUCAGAAGCAGCUCUAGCAUAACACAACUUGUAAUGACUCUUCUCUCACACCUUAGGACGUGGUUUUGAAUUGGGACAUCCGAGUAAAUCAUAACGAUGGCUGAUUCAAGCUCUGGUGAUGCCAGUGCUCAACGUGUGCCGACCCCUGGAGGGAGCGGUGUAGGGGUGCUGAUGGGCCGUCGCCCCCCCACUGCCAUCUCCACUGGCCGUCUCCCCUCAAUGCGGUCAAGAGACCUCACCCUGGGAGGAGUCAAGAAGAAAACCUUUACACCCAACAUUAUUGGCAGGAAAGUUAAAGAAGAAACCAAAACAGAAGGCGGGCAGAGGAGAAACAGGAGGGAUAUAGGCCGAGGUCGGGGUCCGAGAGAUAGAGGCAGGGGCCGAGGUCGCCCAGAGGUCAUCCAGUCUCACUCUAUUUUUGAGCAGGGGCCGGCAGAGUUGAUGGUAAAAAAGAAAGGUAGUUAUGAAAAUGAGAGAGAAGCUCCCAGCGUGGGACCUUCACCCAUCAUCAAUAUUAAAAAGGAAAAGCGAGAGACGGAGGAAGAAACCAAAGAGAUACUUGCCAAGCUAGAGCGAGAUACUUUUAUAGACGACCCCCUCCUGAGGAGUGAGCGAAGGAACUGCCCUGUUCAGCUUCCUCUUGCUGUAUCGGGAUGGGGAUUCACGGGGGAAUUUAGUAACGAUACUCUUAAAAUUGAGAAAGAGGAGGAGGAAGACGAAGAGGAGGAUGGUGAAUCUAUGGAAGAUGCAGUGGAUAGUAACAAGAUAAAACUAGAAGUAAAACGGGAGCAAGAGGAAACUGAAGUAAAGAAGUCUGAAGGAGCUUUCAGGCCCCCUCCUCUCCCUGAGCCUGAAGUUCUUCCCGAGCUGCUGCAUCGAUGGAGUCUGAGUAAAGGCGAGGAGAUGUUCUUCAUGCAGAUGCCCGACACGCUGCCCGGACAGCCUCCAACUCAGGAGCACAGGCCGGUGAAAACGGAGGUGCAGUCGGAGGAUGGACAGUCUGUGCUUCUGAAAACAGAAUCUCAGGAGGAGGAAGCUGAAGACAACCACUGCAAUCUGAAAGACCUGCGGGAGGGUCUCGUGGGGAAGCUGCUGGUUCGGAAGUCUGGCCGCGUCCAGCUCAUACUCGGACAAGUGACACUUGAUGUGUCUCUCGGAACAUCGUGCGCCUUUCUUCAGGAGUUGGUCUCUAUUAAUUCGGAGGGAAGAACAGGCAACUUGACUGUAUUAGGGAAUAUCAAACACAAAAUUGUUUGCUCCCCAGACUUUGAAUCUCUCCUGGAGAGCAAUGCUUGAGGCUUGUCAGAGCAAUGGAGGACUGAAUCUCCUGGAAGAACUUGUGGUAGGUUGGGAUGUUGACAAAAUGUCCACGUUUGGAACUUGUCAUCCAUUACAAGUGUAAUGGAUGUUGAACUUGUUUGUUUUUAUAGUAGCUAUCAUAUUAUAUUGAAAUACCCUAUCUAUAAAUAUGAAACAUAACAUAACUGAGGUUUCCCUUAUAUUGGACUAGGCAUGUUAAUUCAUGAUUAGAAGGUUGAAUGAUGUGCCAAAUGUCAGAACUGUUUUCAUUUCUCUUAUUAGAGAUUACUUGACAAGAGUGUACAUGGAUGUAAAUGUGCAAAUAAAAAAGUUUUCCAGAA